CCCCCAGGGUUGCAGAACCGGAACGUCGUCCGUAAUAAUUUUGCAUUGAAGUGGAAUCAAGUAAUAUUCAUUGAAAAUGAAGUAUAACAAUUUGCAAUCAAUAAAAUUAUCCAAAGGAUUUGUAGAUCAACUAUUUUUGAAAUGCCUUAUUGUCAGACAUGCUUCAACAGGUUUGGGUUUGUGGGAACAAGAUAUGAGUAACGACCUAAGACACAGAAUAGAAAAUUAUUGGAAAGAAAAAGUUUGUGUUCCAAAAGAGAGCAACGACCAUGGAAAAGAAAAAGUUUACGUUUUAUCCAUGUUUCCGUAUCCAUCGGGCUCCUUGCACAUGGGACAUGUCAGGGUUUAUGCAAUAAGUGAUUCGGUUGCACGAUUUUAUAGAAUGAAGGGCAAAAAAGUGAUCCAUCCAAUGGGCUGGGAUGCUUUUGGUUUGCCUGCGGAGAAUGCUGCUAUGGAUCGAAAGAUCGAUCCUUCAGAAUGGACAAAUAAAAAUAUACAUAACAUGCGAGAACAAUUGAAUCGAAUGAGUUGUCUCUUUGAUUGGGAUCGAGAGGUGGCUACUUGCGAUCCUGAAUAUUACAGAUGGACACAGGAAUUAUUUUUAAAGUUAUACGAACGGGGACUCGCUUAUCAGAAAGAAUCUUUCGUAAAUUGGGAUCCUGUUGAUUGUACAGUGUUAGCUGAUGAGCAGGUGGAUCACGAAAAUAGAUCCUGGCGUUCUGGUGCAAAGGUUGAAAAAAAAUUGUUAAAUCAGUGGUUCAUCAAAACAACAGCAUUUGCUGAGUCCUUACUCGAAGGACUCGGUGAUCCAAGCUUAAAAGAAUGGCGCGAUAUAAUAAAAAUGCAGCGCCAUUGGAUUGGUGAGUGCACCGGAACAUCAAUAGAAUUCGAGCUUAUAACGGAAAUUCCCGACACUCCAAAGACUCUAAAUCUGUGGACGGACAAGCCGGAAUCAAUAGAACAUGCGAAAUUCGUUGCAAUCUCGAAAGACAAUUUUUUAGCGAAAAGUCAAUGGGAAUGGACGAAACAUUCGCCUUCAAGACUGAUCGAUGCAAAAGUCAGAAAUCCUUUCACUGGCGAAAACUUACCGAUUUAUCUUACAAACGAUGUGGAAUUCACCCGGUUUCGUGACAAUCAUUUAGGGAUUCCCGGACGUUGCGACACAGAUCGGAAAUUUUGUGAUUCCCUCGGAAUCUUGUACGAGAUUCUUGAAGAAUUCUCGGAUGAAGAGAAAAUGAUAAAACGCUUGGAAAUAAUGGGAAAAGCGAGAGAACUGAAUAUCGGUGGUUUUCCUGUUAGUUUGAAGCUUCGAGAUUGGCUCAUUUCCAGACAAAGAUAUUGGGGAACCCCGAUUCCUAUAAUACACUGUGAAACUUGCGGAUCCUGCCCUGUACCCAGGGAUCAACUUCCUGUCGUUCUACCAAAGAUUUCACGAGACUUGGACGAUCGAAUAAAAACUUUACGCGAUGCAGCCUCCUGGCUGCAGACAACUUGCCCCAAAUGUAAUCGACCUGCGACCAGAGAAGCCGACACUAUGGACACUUUCGUCGAUAGUUCAUGGUACUUCAUGCGAUACCUUGAUCCGAAGAAUAGGCAGGAAAUGUUUUCGAAGGAAAAAGCCUUUGAAUAUUUGCCUGUCGAUGUUUACGUCGGUGGAAAGGAGCAUGCCGUUUUACAUUUGUACUACGCACGUUUCGUCAGUCACUUUCUCCAUUCCCUGGGCCUUGUACCGACGAGAGAGCCCUUCAAGCAGCUUCUAGUUCAAGGCAUGGUUAUGGGGAAAACGUACAAAGUUAAAGAAACUGGAAAAUUCUUACCGGAGUCCGAAGUCGAGAAAAUCGAUGAAAAAUACGUGGAAAAACAAACCGGCAACGAAGUCGUUACUUACUGGGAUAAGAUGUCCAAGUCCAAAUUUAACGGUGUCGAUCCUUUGGAAAUGUUCAAAGAAUAUGGAGCCGAUACAACGAGACUCAUUAUCUUGGCCGAUGUUGCUCCGACCUCGAACAGACAUUGGUCGUCUGACACAUUUCCGGGCAUACUCAAAUGGCAAUCAAGGCUGUGGUUGACCAUCCGCUCGUUCAUAAACAUGCGUACGCACAUAAGUCCGGAGGAACGUUCAAAGAAGAUCGAAACCGAGAAAUUUAUCAAAGACGACGAUUAUAUGUUUGAUAGCAGAAAUUAUUACAUCAAAGGAGUAACGUUCAAUCUUGUCGGGUCGCAACAACUCAGUGUUGCGAUUUCAAAAAUGCAAGGACUCACAAACAGCAUAAGAAAAGUGUCAAACGAAUGUGUGACGCACAGUCGAGAAUACGAAAGAGCUUUAGCAACGCAAAUAAUAAUGCUCGCUCCCCUGGCCCCACAAUUCGCAUCAGAAUUAUGGUCCGGAUUUUGUUCGGCCCCUUAUCAUUUGGCGGAUGAUGACACGAGUAUACGCAGAGAUCUGGAUGUUCUCAAUCAAAAAUGGCCGGUUGUGGACAUGAAAUACAAUUUAGAUUUGGACGUAUUCGUCAACGAAGUGGAAAUAUUUUCACUGAAGGUACCUCGAUACAGCCUUGACGAGAUGACAAUGGAAGAGGCUUCCAGACUGGUCGCUCAAUCGCCCAAAUUUCUCAGUUACGUCGGUGAUCAACCAAUUAACAACUUCAAAUUUCAUUCAGAGCCAGGCUGUGAUGCGAAAAUCAAAUAUCGCAUUACCAGAAUGCCCAAAAAUAAGAAAAAGAAAAUUGCCAAUUGAGUCUAAUAUUGAUAAAGUGAAUUUUCAAAAGAUUCAAAUAUUUAAUAAAUAUUAUCUUACCCAAUAUCAA